AUGACUUCCAGACUUGACCGUCUUGUCACGUUACUUGAGACAGGCAGCACGCCGCUCAUCCGCAAUACUGCGGCUCAACAGCUGGCCGACGUCCAGAAGCAGCAUCCAGAUGAACUCUUCAACCUUCUCGGUCGCAUUCUGCCCUAUCUGCGUUCUAAGUCUUGGGACACUAGAACAGCCGCUGCUAAGGCAAUCGGCUUGAUCGUCACUAAUGCAGACACCUUCGACCCUAAUGAGGAAGAUGGCGAUCACAUCAAACAGGCUGACGAUGAAGAUGGCGGCGUCGAGAUCAAGUCGGAAGGCGAAUCGGCCGCCACUGCCAGUGAUCUCCUAAGGCUUGAAACCAUGAAUAUCGCCGCCAUCCUGAAAUACGGCAAGCGGCUGUUGGGAAGCGCAGGCAAGGAGUACGAAUACUCAUUGGCCGGCAUGGAUCCAGCCGCUCGACUCCAGCACCAGAAGAAAACCUUGCACGCUCGUCUGGGUCUCGCAGGAGAGUACAUUGAGGAGGAUCUGAUUGAUGACGGCGAUCUGGUCUUGAAGACACCGGGAAUCAAGGAGGAAGUUCCCCAACAUAGGGAUAGUAUCCACCAUCUAUCCUCUACCACCCCUCUUGCAUCGCCUAUGGAACCCGCCAACGGCGAGGAGGCCGGUCUCAGUAAGCGACAAUUGAACCAACUGAAGCGGAAGAACAAGCAGAGCGCAAAGAUGGGCGCGAACAAGGUCCGAGUCGUGGAUCUGUCGACGCGCAGACCGUCGGAUAACGUUACCACUCCUUCAGCUGUUACUCCUCACCCGAUUAAAGCGGAGAACGGUGAGGAGCGCAAUGGCGACGUAAAGCAGGAUUACUUCAACCUUGAGCGGUCGACCGGUGGCGACGACGAUCAGAAGAUCGUUUCGGAGUUCAAAGGAUCGGUUGUCCCAGAAAAAUCCUACAUCCAACCAGAGAUCACUGAUGAGGGUCCCAGCAACUCAUGGCCAUAUGAUCCCAUGUGCGAGUUCCUCAUGGUAGAUAUUUUCGAUCCUAACUGGGAGGUGCGCCACGGAGCCGCAAUGGCACUUCGGGAGGUUAUCCGCGUUCAAGGUGCUGGUGCAGGUCGUGUACGAGGUAAGAGUAGGGCCGAGAACAAUGUCCUCAACCGGCAGUAUCUGGACGACCUCGCCUGCCGAUUACUUUGUGUUCUCAUACUUGACCGGUUUGGUGAUUACAUCUCCGACAAUGUUGUGGCGCCCAUCAGAGAGACUGUGGGUCAAACACUAGGUGCACUCUUGUCCCAGCUCCCGUCGCGUUCCGUGGUGUCAGUCUACAAGUGUCUGUACCGCAUCAUCAUGCAAAAAGAUCUGAACCUGGACCGGCCCAUUUGGGAGGUCUGCCACGGUGGUAUGAUCGGUCUCCGGUACUUGGUUGCGGUCCGCAAAGAUAUUCUGGUGAAGGAUCGUGAACUUAUGGACGGCGUAUUAGAGGCUGUGAUGAAGGGAUUAGGAGACUUUGACGACGAUGUGCGGGCUGUUAGUGCUGCAACCCUGGUUCCAAUGGCUGAGGAAUUUGUGGCUUCCCGACAAAGCACAUUGGGUAAUUUGAUGACCAUUGUUUGGGACUGUUUGUCAAACCUACAAGAUGACCUGAGCGCGAGUACGGGCUCGGUCAUGGAUCUUCUGGCCAAGCUCUGCACAUUCCGCGAAGUUCUGGAUGCGAUGAAAGCAAAUGCGUCCGUGGAUUCUGAGUCCUCGUUCGGAAACCUGGUUCCUCGCCUUUACCCUUUCCUGCGACACACAAUCACCAGCGUCCGUUCAGCAGUUCUCCGGGCUCUCAUUACCUUCCUGCAGCUUGAGGGCGAGGGCACGAAUGACUGGGUGAAUGGCAAGGCUUUGCGUCUGAUUUUCCAGAACUUGCUAGUCGAGCGUAACGAGGGUGUGCUCAAGCUUUCUCUUCAGGUGUGGUCGGAGCUGCUUAGAGCGCUGGAGUCGCGCGGCCUGUUCCAGACCGAAGCUGACCUUCUGAGCCACAUCCAACCCUUGAUCACUCUGACAAUGUCUCCCUUCGGCGUUCCUCGGUACCCUAUUCCCAUGAAUGCUUCCCUCUUUAUCAAGCCAUCGGGCGUUCCAUUCCCGAUGAGCGCUGCUGCACCAGCCAAGUCCUCCCCGAGUGCAGUCAGUGCACAGUCUGAUGGGACCAAGAAGCGUGGACGCAAGGUGGAAAAGAAGGAAGUUCCGACCAUGUCGGCUCAUAACGUGGACGGCCACAUGCUCCAGGGCGAUAUUGACUUGGUUGGCGCCGAUACCAUGUUACGGUCCAAGAUAUAUGCCGCCAAGGCGCUGGGCCAGCUUCUUUCUGUCUGGGACAAUAGCGCACUCCCGAGUCUGUGGCAGUCUAUCGUGGAGGGCUUGAAGCACUCCGCAUCCACGUCUCAGCUCUCGUCAGCGAUGGUCAUCGAGGAAUAUGCGAGAGUGGCCGGCCCAAGCAGCAAGUACUCCUCGACUCUCUGCGAGCAUUUGCGUCCGAUCAUCGAAGGCGACCGACCGCUGUGGUACGGCGAUAUUGCAUGCUAUCUUCAUGUUGCCCGCGCCCAGUGUCACUCUCUGCUCAAUGCCUUCCGCGACCAUGCCCAUGUUCCUAGCUCAAGACUCCCGACUCUUGCUGUCGUUGUUCAAGGAGACGCCGAGGCCGGCCCAAGUGCGUUCUCAUUGGCAGAUGCUGAGAAGGUCAUCGGACCGGACUUCGAGCGGCUGAAGAAAGGCCUGGCACCCGCUCAGCGCAUUACUGCUCUGCAGGUCCUGAAUGACACGCGGGCAACCGCAGAAAACUCUGUCGAAGAAGCAAAGAAUGUUCGGGAACAGAGGGAUCUUCGGGUGCUGGCAGCUGCGGCUGGUGCGCUGGUGGCCCUGCAUGACAUUCCAAAGAAGCCGGGUCAUAUUAUCAAGGGCAUGAUGGACAGCAUCAAGAAGGAAGAAAAUGCUGAACUUCAACAGCGUUCUGCUACGGCGAUCUCAACCUUGGUGGAGUACUACACCACGGCAGCCAAACGCGGACCGGUCGACAAAGUCAUUGGAAACCUGGUCAAAUACUGCUGUGUGGACUCGUCUGAGACCCCCGAAUUCCACCACAACGCCUCGCUGGAGAAGUCCAUUCUUUCACUGCGGAAGGAGGAGGACCGACGGGAUCAUCCCGACGCAGCCAAGUUUGAACGAGAGGCGAAGGCGGCGCGAAUUAUGCGCCGGGGUGCUAAAGACGCUCUCGAGCAACUGGCAGUCAGAUUUGGUCCUGAUCUCUUGGAGAAAGUGCCCAAUCUUGCCACGCUGGUCGAGCGGCCACUUAAGGACACGCUUACCGAGAGUCUUCCAGAGGACAUUCUUAACCCGGACAAUGAAUUGGGUCAGGAAGUCGUUGAUGGUUUGUCGACAUUGCGCGCCCUGCUACCUAAAUUCGAUCGUGGACUCCACACCUGGGUAGUCGGUCUCAUGCCUCUUAUUAUCAAGGCUCUGCAGUGUCGUCUGUCGGUCAUCCGAUAUGCGGCCGCCAAGUGCUUCGCGACUAUCUGCAGCGUCAUCUCGGUAGAGGGAAUGACGAUGUUAGUAGAGAAGGUGCUACCAACCAUCAACGACCCCUUGGACGUUCAUCACCGUCAAGGAGCUGUCGAGUGUAUUUAUCAUCUGAUCCAUGUGAUGGAGGAUCGUAUCCUUCCAUACGUCAUUUUCCUUGUCGUACCCGUGCUUGGACGCAUGAGCGAUUCUGACAACGACGUGAGACUGCUCGCGACGACGUCUUUCGCAACGCUAGUCAAACUCGUUCCCUUGGAAGCUGGCAUUCCCGACCCUCCCGGUCUCUCCGAGGAGCUGCUCAAGGGUCGUGAUCGCGAGAGGAAGUUCAUGGCUCAGAUGUUGGAUUCCAAGAAGGUCGAAGAGUUCUCAUUGCCAGUCGCGAUCAAAGCGGAGCUCAGACCUUAUCAGCAGGAAGGUGUCAACUGGCUUGCUUUUCUGAACCGCUACAAUCUCCAUGGUAUUCUUUGUGACGAUAUGGGUCUCGGUAAAACCCUGCAAACGAUUUGCAUUGUCGCAAGUGAUCAUCAUCUGCGAGCCGAAGAGUUCGCCAAGACCCAAGCGCCAGAGGUCCGGAAGCUUCCGUCUCUGAUCGUGUGCCCGCCCUCUCUUUCUGGCCAUUGGCAGCAAGAGGUCAAGCAGUACGCUCCGUUCCUGAACUGUGUUGCUUAUGUGGGGCCCCCAGCAGAGCGCGCCAGACUGCAAGAGAGCCUCAGCGAGGCGGAUAUCGUCGUAACAUCGUACGAUAUCUGCCGCAAUGACAACGACGUUCUGCGUCCGACCAGCUGGAAUUACUGCGUGCUAGACGAGGGUCAUUUGAUCAAGAACCCCAAGGCCAAGGUGACGAUUGCGGUCAAGCGCCUCCAGAGCAACCAUCGGUUGAUUCUCUCUGGUACACCCAUUCAGAAUAACGUACUGGAACUGUGGUCGUUGUUCGACUUCUUGAUGCCCGGGUUCUUGGGUACAGAGAAGGUCUUCUUGGACCGAUUCGCCAAGCCCAUUGCGGCCAGUCGAUUCAGCAAGUCGUCUUCCAAAGAACAGGAAGCCGGCGCACUAGCGAUUGAGGCGCUGCACAAGCAGGUGCUGCCGUUCCUGCUCCGUCGUCUGAAGGAGGAGGUCUUGAACGACCUGCCACCGAAGAUCAUCCAGAACUACUACUGUGAUCCCAGUGAGCUGCAGAAGAAACUCUUUGAGGACUUCUCCAAGAAGGAGCAGAAGGAGCUGGCCGACAAGCUGGGAAGCUCCGAAAAAUCGGAUAAGGAGCAUAUCUUCCAAGCACUGCAGUACAUGCGGCGUCUCUGCAACUCUCCCGCGCUGGUGGUGAAGGAAGGCCACAAGCAGUACAACGAGGUCCAGCAGUAUCUGACCACCAAGCACUCCAACAUCCGGGACGUGUCCCACGCGCCGAAGCUCAGCGCUCUGCGCGACCUGCUUCUCGACUGCGGAAUCGGCAUUGAUCCACCGACGGAGGGCGACCUGGGCACGGGAACCAGCUACGUGAGCCCGCACCGAGCCCUGAUCUUCUGCCAGAUGAAGGAGAUGCUUGACAUUGUCCAGAGUGAGGUCCUGCGGAAGCUUCUUCCUUCGGUCCAAUAUCUUCGGUUGGAUGGUGGAGUCGAGGCAACCAAGCGUCAAGACAUUGUCAACCGCUUCAACUCCGACCCGAGCUAUGACGUUCUUCUUCUGACCACCAGCGUCGGUGGUUUGGGUCUGAACCUGACGGGAGCCGACACGGUGAUCUUCGUGGAACACGACUGGAACCCGCAGAAGGAUAUCCAGGCCAUGGAUCGUGCCCAUCGUAUCGGUCAGAAGAAGGUCGUCAAUGUCUACCGGUUGAUCACGCGAGGUACAUUGGAGGAGAAGAUCUUGAAUCUGCAACGAUUCAAGAUCGACGUCGCCUCGACGGUAGUCAACCAACAGAACGCUGGCCUGAAUACAAUGGACACGGAUCAACUGCUGGACCUGUUCAACCUCGGCGAAACCGCCGACAACGCCGAGAAACCCAGCGAGCCCACCGGCAACGAGGUGGACAUGGUGGACAUCGACGGCGAGGUCAAAGAAAAGGGCAAGAAGGGCUGGCUGGACGAUUUGGGCGAGCUCUGGGACGACCGCCAGUACCAGGAAGAAUACAACCUCGACUCCUUCCUAGCCACCAUGAAGGGGUGA